CGUUCUUCGAUGAGGUGAUGGUGAGCGUAAUUUCUCAUCCUUGAAAUUUGACCCGCUACAUAGCGUUUUCCCCUACCUGCCUACCAUCUUCCUGAGUUUUUUGUAACAGUUUUUUUUUACCUUUUCUUGCUGUUCUACUCAGGAACAAUUGCUCAAUUAUUAUUGUCUACGGUGGAGGUUUCGCGGGGCCGACUUGUAAAGCGGUCUCAACAACCGGUCGCAACUCUUGCGGCUACUUAAAUAUUUGUGGUCCCAGCGGAGCCUAGUAGGCUCAUGGCUUCCAGUCCUGGAAAAAUGUCGAAUUUGCCGUUGACCGGAACGAGUAUCUACAAGACGCCAUUUACAGAACUCUUUCUAUCGAAUCCAUUUCUAUUAUCGUCAUUUCUGAGGUUUGUUCCGUGGAAGGUCUUUCUUACCUUGUCGCAAACCUGCCGAGCCUGGCGUAGCUUCAUCGAGUUCACAAGUACUCACCCAAGGUCUGAUUCGCCUCAGAAGUGGAUCGCUUCACGCAAUAUCGUGUUGGCAAGAUACGUCGAUGGUUUUGGUAAGGUAUUGCGAGAGGCGGGGCCCGAGAAUCUCGCUCUGCGAGAGGACCUGGGACUAGAACUCUGUUGGGAAGACUUGGUUCUCUUAAUAAUAUCGCAGCAAACACCAUUACACACUUACCCGACACAUGCUCUUACCGUUCUGUCAUCGGGAACCAUGCCAGAAACCUCCAGAAUGCCUCGACAUUCUCGCGACUUGCUUAAGACUGCGCACCUAGCCCGUUUGACUCUUGCUCAUUCACGCUUCGUUCUCGUCCUGCAAGGUAUUGCGCAUUCAUCUGCCAAUCCACCUCCACAAGAAAGCGACAUCCUGAUUCCUCUAUCUGCCGAUACACAUCUUGCAGAUUCUUCUUACCGCAGCCAUAACCGCGCCUCUUCUGCAGGUUCUGUCAGGGAACUUGUGUUUCCUGCCCCAUUGGCACCAGGUCAUACUGCGAUACAAACGUCACGUUCGAUGACAGAUCUCAACGUCGUUGAUGCUGCUAGCAGCAGUGGCAAGCAUUCUGCUCACUCUCGUGCUGCUACAGAUAGUCCAAGUGCGUUGCGUAAAGAUCGACCUGGCUUCAAGCGUAACUCUUCAAAUCCAUCCAACAAGCAAUGGAAUGGUUACCCUUCAUUUCCCGCGUCCGCAUCUACACCUUCUAUCUCUAUAUCCCCCACCGAUUCAAUAUCCAAAUCCAAUAAACGAUUUUCCGUGGCCUCGCUCCGUGGGAAAGCAUCUCGCUUACCCCCUCCGCCUGUUGCAGAAUCUCGUGCCCUACGUGAAUAUUCUUCUAGCUUUGGCUGGCGCCGAGGCUUAAAUGACGCAAAAGGGAAGUGGGAAGCCACAAUUCCUUCAUAUAGGUCGACGUCUGCCAUCUCAAAGAAUAUUUUUCGUGAAUCUGCUGGAUAUAGUUCGGAAGUAGAUGACGAUGAGCUUUUUUCUACGCCUCGUAGAAGAUUUGCUGGCUCUGACAUGGGCGUAAGCGGAAGUGAGUCCAGCUUCAGUGAAGGCACCAGCUCUACAACCAGCAGCUCUACGUCAGCAUCAAAUAGUACGAGUGCCACGUCGAUAUCAGCGCUGGAUAGUCCACCUCCAUUGUCGCAAAAGGAGCAAUUGUCGGGCGCGGAGGUUCUUGCUAUCAAUCGUGGUAGACUGCGUUCAGCGGCUACUGACGCUCGGGGGAUGAGGCCCAGAAGUAUUGGUCACAGUCAACCACUAUCAGUAUUAAACAGUGACUUCUCGCCUCCAUCCAGCGCACAAUCUAGGGCGAGUACUCUUAGUCCUGGCAAACCAAGGGCAUCCACUAGCAGAAGAGGACAACUGCGGUCAAUUCCUUCGGCCAUUGGACUUCCUGGAGUAGACUUGGGUCACAACAAUCCCCAUGCGCUUAACCUAGCAACUUCCAGAAUCCGAGCCCCAGUCUUACGGGUUUUUGUGCCGUCUUCGGACAUGACUCUUCCGUACACAACAGACUCAUCAGAUGAAGGUGGUGUGUCAAGGUGUGAGGAUGAACUGAUUCGAGCUGGCCUGUGGGAACAUCUGAGUGUCGGAGAUGUUGUAUGCAACCUCGGAUAUGUUCCACCGAGCGUCUCCCCAUCCCAGUCCUCUUCUGACGCGGUCUGGCUGAUAUUUAAUGGCUAUCAGCUCAUUCCGUUCACAUUCGGCGCCCAGGACAGUCGGGGUAUCCUUCCUGUAUAUACGACGCCCGAACCUAAUUACCCUGGUCAGGAAGCGUGGGCGCUCCCCAGCUGGGGGUACUAUGAGCAUUUAUUCCAACAAGAACUGAGUCUCCGGGGAUCUCCCGGUGGAAGGAAGGCUGGAAUGGAGCAAAAAAUGAACAUGAAUACUCGAAUUCUGAUUUCGAAAAUACCAGUCUCACCACUUCAACUUGACGUGAUGCAUCAACCGUCGUUGAUAUCUGUCGCUAUGAAUAUUCCGUCUCCGCAUUCCCCCGGAGGGAUAGUGGUAGUAAAGAAGUGGGUAUGGACUCUGCGAGUUUGGGUAGGGUUGUCAUCUCGUUCGAACUUCGUGUCGUCGUUAACGGACAAUGGGCUUGAGACUGAGGUGGGGCCUGGAUGGGAAGGUGAAUGGAUACUUGAGGGAGACGGUACGAAGGAAGGACGAGAAAGUCUUCUCUCCUGCUUAAGACGCGACCAGCAGAGGAUGGAUAAGAUGGAGUGGGAAUUGGUUCGAGAUAGGUGUGGAAAGGGCAAAGUUUGGUUAAGAGCAUAUGUUCGCUUCUUCGAUCAUGGCCUAUUCAUUGAUCAACAUUGUGCCUCUCCUAUCCCCGAGUAAACUCUGCUCAUGUCUUUUCUCUAUUCAAAUAGGUUGCUCAACUCCUCGGUCUCUGUACCACAUUCUUAAGCUUCCGAAGAUCGCGGUACGUUUUCGCUGACCCUAUCUGGAAGCUUAAGCAAAAUCAACAAAACAAAAAAAUUAAACAAGCACUGAAGCAGAAAACUCACGAAUGGCCUCAAUUGUUUGCUGAGAGGCAAAACCCUAUGC